CCCUACACUCCACGUAGCUCGGUCUCUCAAUCAGCAAUGGCGUCCCUUCGCAAGCACCCAGGACUCCGCAUUCCGAAAUCACUCUUCUCCACCUCCACUCAACCACCUCCGCCACCGCCGCCGCCAUUCCCUUCCUUCCGCGCCGCGAAGUCCGCCAUACUCGCCGAGUCGAACCCCGACAGGCUCGCCCAGCUGUUCGAACAGUCCUCUCACUUCCCGACCUUCCGUCGCCACCGGCCUCUCUACCACGUCUCCUUCCAAAAGCUCGCCAAGGCGCGCCGGUUCGACCUAGUCGACCGCCUCCUCCUCAACCAGAUCAGCCAGAGCGGCGAUUCUCAGAGCUCGCUCAAGUCCGAGGGCUUCUGGAUUCGCCUCAUGAUGAUCUACUCGAACGCUGGGAUGGUCGACGAAGCGAUGCGGACCUUCGACCGCGCGUGCGAAGCGAAGUGCUGCGACAUCACGGAGAAAUCUCUCUGCGCUGUUCUCAGCGUCCAUUUGAACAACGGACUGAUCGAGAAAGUCCACGGCUUGUUCGAGAAGCUGCCGCGCGAGCUCAAAGUGACGCCGACCGCUGUCGCGCACAAUCUGGUCUUGAAGGCGUUUGCCAAGGACGACAACACGGAAGCGGCUCGCGCUUGGAUGGCAGAAAUGGAGGGAAAGUAUCAGGUGAUUCCGAACAUCGAUUCUUAUAACAUCUUGCUUGGGGCUUAUUUGAAAAAUGGGGACUUGAAUGCAUUCGACGGGGUAGUUAAGGAGAUUCUAGGGAAGGGCUUGGAUUGCAAUGUGGCUGCUUACAAUCUUAGGAUUGCGAAGCUGUGUAAGAACAAGGAAUGCGCCAGAGCGAAUAAGCUAUUGGCCGAGAUGAUUGCCAAUGGCCUGAAGCCGAACUCAGCUAGUUACAAUGCGGUCAUCGACGGGUUCGCCAGGCUCGGGGAUUUCGAAUCUGCCAAGAAGGUCUUGGAUGGCAUGGUCAAGGACAGGCACGUCGCCCCCUGUUCGUUCACGUAUUACACGCUGCUUCGGAGCAUGGUGAGGGAGGGCGAGUUCGAUUCCGGACUUGAGAUGUGUAGGGAGAUCAUCAAGAGAAGGUGGGUUCCUCCGUUCGAGGCGGUGCGGGGCCUUGUUGAUGGGUUGCUGAAGAUGUCGAAAGGCGAGGAAGCCAAAGAUGUUGUGGAGAAGAUGAAGGGGAGGCUUAAAGGGAACUCAUUGGAGUCCUGGGGAAAGGUUGAAGCUGUUCUUCCUCUGUGAAUUGCAAGGAUUCCUCAAUGCUCAGGCAUCUUUAUCAGCAGCUGCAAUUUUUCAGGCUUCACCAUCAGUUUGCAAUCUUUUUGAGUGCCGAAGCAAUAAAAGAUAAAUUCAAGCACUGUUAGUUGAAUUCUCAAGCGAAAUCCGACUGUAUAAAAGCUUUAGAGAAUCCAUGGCCAUUGGGUGUUUCCAUGAUUUUGGUAUUGGGAUGAUCUAUAUAUGCAGCUUUGAAGCUGCUUGAACUUUGAAGCGCCGUUGUGUCUGAUGAGUUGCUGAAUGUAAGCGCCCUUUCGAGAUUUGACCAUUCCACAAGGUGAGGUGAGGACUCGUGCUGUUGUUGCUUAGUUGAACUGGUGCGGAAUGAUGACUUCCAAUUGAACAAUGCUAAUGUUGUUUA